AGAAAGUGAGGAGCCAUUGUGAAACGUCACUGCUGUGACGUGUACCGAAAUAUAAGAACAUAAGUAAAAACAUCUUAGAAUUUUGCUGUCGUUCGGAAACAAGAGCGGCAGUUAGACGCUUUAAAGAACGGCAUUCGUGUAGCAUCGAUAUAGGGAAGGGACAGCCGAAAAGAAACAAAUCCCCAAAUACCAGACAUGAAACUUCGGCUGCUGUUCCUUUUUGUCCUAUCGGCCCUAUCCGUCGUCUACGCAGCACCUGAUGGAGCUGGAAUCGGCGCUGAUGUUGAUGUCGGUGCUGCUGUAGACGUAGGUGCAGACGUUGGUGUUGGUGCUGGAAUAGACGUCGAUGUCCACGGAGACGAUUCUUCCGUUUUCGAAGGACCUGGUGAAUGGGAUGACAACUGUGACUGCAGACUAGGUGACAAUGCAUUUUAUGACGAUAUACUAUACUUAGAAAGAAGAUAUCAAGAUUUCGUUUGCGUGGAGGACUUCAGACAGUAUGCAUACAGACAGGUAGAUGCUGUAAGGUUCAACUUCUUCACAGUUGGUUCCGAGAAUGAGACGACAGCCUUCGACAAUGUAGAUGCGUAUGACAGACUGCGGUUGAGACCAAGAGUUUUGCGAGGAGUUGGUGUACGUGAUACAACAACCCGUAUUCUUGGGGAUGGCAUUUCCUUCCCCUUGGGAAUUUCGCCAAUACCAUUUCUAGAAUAUGCGGAUCCUGACGGAGAAAUUGGUGUGGCUGAAGCGGCUGAAUGUGAAGGUGUCCCGUACAUAGUCAGCGCUCUUGCAAACACAGAUUUAGAGGACGUCGCUGCUAGGGCCCCUCAUGCUAACUUGUGGAUGGAGACUUACAUUUUCAAAGAUCGCAGUAUCACUCAAAGUAUUGUCGAACGUGCUGAGGCCGCAGGUUAUAGAGCAAUUGUUGUCACUAUUAGUUUACCUGUUGCCGGGACACAAGUGAAAUCCGGGCAUGACAGACCUGUUUUGCCAGAUUACCUAAGUGUACCAAACAUUGAAAAUGAUGAAUCAAAUGUUGAGCUUUUCGGUGACGGUGCAUACUUACAUCGACAUCAUAUCCUAGCAGAGAUCGAACUCAUCAAAGGCAGAGGAUACUUCAAGACCCAAAAAGUAAAUCAGAAAUUCGAACGAUAUGAAAAAUGUAUUGGAUCGUUUGGAUUGGAUGAAUACCUAAACUAUCUCAUUGAUCCUGAGCAAAAUUGGGAAGACUUCCGAUGGAUCACCACACUUACUGACUUACCCAUCGUAAUCAGAGGCGUUGUGACAGGUUGCGAUGCUAUUAGAGCUGUCGAGAGUGGUGCUGCAGCAGUUAUGGUUAGCAAUUCUGGAGGAUAUGGCUUGGAUUCAGCUCCUGCAACCAUCGAGGCACUCGCAGAAGUAUCUGAAGCUCUGGAUGUCUAUCCAAAUGUAGAAAUUUUUGUAGAAGGUGGUGUGCGUUGGGGACAUGAUAUCAUCAAAGCUCUUGCUCUCGGUGCUGAUGCAGUUUUCGUUCAGAGGCCAGUUUCCUGGGCCAUGUUGCACAGCGGAAAAUGUGGCGUGCGACGUGUACUUUCUGAACUCAGAAAUCAACUGGAUCGAGAUAUGGCCUUAAUGGGAGUCAAACACGUCGAACAAAUUACUUCAACUAUGGUCGUAAACAGAGAGUAUUACAGACAUCGCUACCACCCUAAUGACGUAGAUUCUCACUCUCUUGCACGAGAAGAUGUCCUUGAAUGUCCUUUCGGAUACGACUACGACGAAGGAUCAGAAGAAUCUUUGGAAGACGUCAACCAACUUAAUGAUCCUAAUCUAGAAAUUGCACAAAUUACGAACGUCAAACUUUCCCGGAAGAAGGGAUUCACUGGAUAAACGCAAUCCAGACAAACUGAUAUAACGUAUCUGAAGAUAAAAAAAUAAUAAAACAAACUCAUUUACAUGAUUUUAAAAAGUAAUGUUGGCUCGAUCAAAUAUUGUCAAUUAACAAAACAUAAUCUCAAUAAACUCAGUGAAAACUGAGUAAUAUUUUUCGUUGUGUCAAACGAUGCAAAGACUGUGAACAAUCAUUUCUGAAAAAUAGAUUCAUUGUAAAAGCGAGUGAUAUGUGUACAACACUAAAGAAUUGUUUUAUGCUGGAAAAGAAAAUUGUGCUUGUAUGAAGAUGGCGCAUUUUUGUUCAACCAAUAAAAUGUUAAUUUGAUUA